CCUUGGCCCCAUGCCACUGCCAUACCAGCUCUUUAGCCUGUGCCAGCCCCACAUACCAGCACCUCAACUGCAUGCCAUCCACUUAGCUCUGUUCCAGCCCCAUCCCAACCCCCUUAUCCCAGUUCCAGCCCCGUGCCACCCCCUUCUCCCCGUGCCAGCCCCAUGCCAGCGCGGUCCCUGCUCCCGCAGCUCUCGAUGGCCCAGCCGAGCCCGGAGCGGGUGCCCAGCCCUGCGGAGCAGGAGUGGGCAGGGCCCGAGGCGCUGUGCCCAGGCUGGCUGGAGGACGAGGCCCCCGAUGGCGACGUGCCCGGGGACAGCGGGGACCCCGACGGUGCCACCCACGCCUUCGAGCGGCUGCAGAGCGCCCUGUGCCAGGAGGGGCUGCCCCCCACGCUGGACUGCUCCGCGGAGCCCCGCACGGGAUUUGGCCCGCUGGACAUGACUGUUUGCAUCCUGGGCUCCCCCACCGCCUUCCUGCCCGUCCUGCUGGAGGGUGGCACCCGCUGCCCAGGUGCCAUGGUGCUGUGCCUGUCACCCACCUGGGCCAGCCGGGUGCCGUCGGAGUCGUGUCCCGGUGCUUGGUCCCUGCUGCUCUCCCAGGGGGUCUCCUUCAAGGUGGGGGGUCACAGCGCCCUGGAGACCUUCGUACCCCCCCGCCGUGCCAACUACGUGACGGGCACGUUCGCGCCGUGGGACCCCGAGGGCGGCUGGGCGGCCGAGCUGGCCCGUGACCUCGACUGCCCCACGGGGGGCUCGGCCCCGCUCGCCCGACGCCUCGAGGACCUGCUGGUCACCCGCUGGGUGCUGGCGGCUCGUGCCAAGCUGCCCGUGCCCCCCACGCUGGCCUUCGUCCUGGAGGCUCGGGGGGACCUGCCCGCCGAGCUGGAGGUGCCCGGGGUGAGGCUGGUGCGGCUGCAGGACCCCCAGGGCCAGGACAGCCUGGUGCGGGAGGAGGUGGGCGCCUUCCUGGGGGGCACCGCCAUGGAGCCCUACAGCCAGGUGAUGGUGCGGCCGGCGGGGUGGCGGUGGCGGGGGACGGGCACCCACAGCACCCACCGGAAGGAGGAGGGGGCGGCGGUGGCGCAGGCGGUGUGUGCCCGGCUCCGGGGGCUGAUGGAGGAGGACAGCGUCCUGUUGGAGGCCAUGGUGCCCACCGCCCGCCUGCCCCUGCCCCCCCCACGCAGCCCAGCCCCGCGGCUGCCCGUGGCCCUGCGCAUCUGCACCCUGCUCUGCAGGUCCUGGGGGGACCGGCCCCAGCUCUGCCAGGUGGCCUGCGCCGUGGGACGCGCGGAGAGCCCGGUGCGUCACGGGGCGGCGCUGCCCCAGGGCCUGGACUCCAGCCUGCAGCAGUGGGGGGUGGUGGCCCCCAGCCAGCGCCAGGCGCUGGCCACGCGGCUCCGGAAGGCCACCGAGGCCGCCAUGGCCGCCCUCCUGGCCGCCGAGGCCGAGCUGAGCCCGCAGCAGCGCGGCGGCACCCGCGCCCGCACCGACAUCCUGGGUGUGGACUUCUUGCUGGCGUGCGUGGAUGACGCCCUGGAGCUGGUGGCCCUGGCCACCAACAGCCAGCGGUGCCUGGAGACCUGCGUGCUGGCCGAGGCCAUGGGGCGCGCCGUGGGGGAGCCCGCCGGGGACCUGCCCCGGCUGCUGGCCGAGGCCAUGCUGCACCGGGCGCAGUGUCACCUGGUGGAGGGCAAGGACAUCCUGCUCAUCGGGGCCGGCGGCGUCAGCAAGAGCUUCGUCUGGGAGGCGGCUCGAGAGUACGGGCUGAAGAUCCACCUGGUGGAGUCGGACCCGGAGCACUUCGCCGCGGGGCUGGUCCAGACCUUCCUGCCCUACGACAGCCGGGAGCACCGGCGGGACGAGGAGCACGCGGAGCGGGUGCUGGAGCUGGUGCGCUCCCGGGGGCUGCGGCCCCACGCCUGCCUCUCCUACUGGGACGACUGCGUGGUGCUGGCGGCGCUGGUGUGCCAGGGCCUGGGGCUGCGCGGCUGCUCGCCCGCCGCCGUCCGCGUGGCCAAGCAGAAGAGCCGGACCCACCAGCACCUGCAGCGCUGCCGCCGCGGCCGCCCGCCGCCCGCCGCCUUCGCCGUGCCCUGCCGCCGGCUGCAGAGUCACGGCGACGUGGAGCGGGCGGCGGGCGCCGUGCCCUUCCCGGCCGUGGCCAAGCUGGAGUUCGGGGCCGGAGGCGUCGGGGUGCGGCUGGUGGAGGACGCCGGGCAGUGCCACGCGCACGCGGCGAGGCUGUGGCGGGACCUGCGGGACGACGCCGACCACCCGGGCAUCGGGCUGGGCUGGGGCAACGCCAUGCUGCUCAUGGAGUACGUGCCGGGCACCGAGCACGACGUGGACCUGGUGGUCUUCGACGGGCGGCUCGUGGGCGCCUGGGUGUCGGACAACGGCCCCACGCGCGUCCCCGCCUUCCUGGAGACGGCGGCCUGCCUGCCCUCCUGCCUGCCCGCCGACCGGCAGGCGCAGCUGGUGCGGGCGGCCCUGCAGUGCUGCCGGGCGUGCGGGCUGCGCGACGGCGUCUUCAACGUGGAGCUCAAGCUGGGGCCGGGGGGCCCGCGGCUGCUCGAGAUCAACCCCCGCAUGGGGGGCUUCUACCUGCGCGACUGGAUCCGGGAGGUCUACGGCCCCGACCUGCUGCUGGCGGCGGUGCUGGUGGCGCUGGGGGUGCCGCCGGUGCUGCCCGCCCGCCCCGCGCCCCGCGCCCACCUGGCCGGGGUGAUGUGCCUGGGCUCGGAGCACGGCGCGGCGCUGGCGGGCGGCGGCGGGAUGGAGGCGCUGCGGGAGCUGCAGGGCCGGGGGCUCGUCCGCCUCAACCGGCUCUUCGAGGAGGUGGCGGGGGACGGCGAGUACGAGGAGCCGCUGCUGAGCGUGGCGUGCGACGGGGCGACGCGGGCGGAGGCUUGCGUGCGCCUGCUGGGGCUGUGCCAGGCGCUGGGCAUCGACUCCCCGAGAUACCCCGUGGAGCAUUUCUUGUCCCACUUCAAAUAGCGCCGGGCAGGCAGCGGGGACGGCGGGGGAAAGCGGGGCGAGGGCGUGGGGAAAGCCCACCCGCCGCCCCGGUACCCCCUCCCGCCGCCCCGCUCCCCGGCAUCCCCCCCGCAGCCCAGCCCGCCCCGCAGCCCCGCUCCCCGGCAUCCCCCCGGCACUCCGCCCCACCGGCCCGCCAUCCCGUGGCCUGGCACACCGCCCCCUGGCACCCCCCCGCUGCCCUGGAUCCCCAUCACCUGCCCUGCUAUCCCACGCCCUGGCAUCCACACACUUCCCUGGCGGCCCAUCCCCUGGCAUCCUGACACCCCACCCACCGGGAUCCCCCCAUUAACCUGGCACCCCAACCCCUGGCACCCCUCUUCUGCCCUGGAUCCCAAUCACCUGCCCGGGUACCCCGUUCCCUGACACCCACCCACUCCCCUGGCACCCCAUUUCCUGCCAUCCCCCCACUACUCUUUUGUCCCAUCCCCUGCCAUCCCCCGUGUCCUGGCACCACAUUCCCUGGCAUCCCCUUCCAUCCUCGCACCACAUUCCUUAGCACCCCCCCCCCAAUACUGUGGCACCCCCUUCCCUGUCAUCCCUGCAUUACACCGCUACCCCUUCCCCUAAAACCCCCCUCUCCCAAUCCAGGCGCCCCAUGUCUUGUUCCACCAUUCCCUGCCAUCCCCGCCGUGUCCUGGCACCCCAUGCCCUGGCAUUCCCCCACUCCCCUGAUCCCCCUGCCCUGGCACCCCCAUUCCCUGCUCCCCAACAUCCCCCUUCCUUCCCUGUCCCCCCCGUCCUCGCAGCUGGGGGUCCCGUGCCCCUCCCAUGCCAGGGACACUCAGGGGGACACCGAGUGGCCCUGUGCCAUCCUGUGGCAGGGGGCAACCAAGGGACGCCCAGAGGCCCCUGAGCCACCCCACCUGAGCAGCAGGGGCAGCCUGAGGUGCGUUGGCACCUGGUGGCAUGGGGAGACCCUACAAUAACAUACCAGCGUGGGGAGACCCCACAGCAACAAACCAGUGUGGGGAGACUCUGCAAUAACAGACUGAGGUAAGGAGACCCCACAACAACACACCUGGAAGGAGAGACCCCCUAAUUACAAACCGUCAUGGGGAGACCCCAUAAUAAUAAAGCAGAAUGGGGAGACCCUACAAUAGCAGACCAGUGAGGGGAGGCCCCACAGUAACAGACUGAGGUGGGGAGACCCCACAAUAACACCCUGGAAGGGGAGACCCUACAAUAACAAACCAGCAUGCAACAAAACCACAAUAACAGACCAGUGUGGGGAGACCCUACAGUAACAAAGGGGCACCCACGGAUUCCCUGGAGCAGCUGAGAAGGUCCUCUGGGGAGAGACUUGUGUGGGGAGCCCCUGUGAUAUAUAGGGCUGUCACUGGGGAGACCCUACAAUAACACCAGCGACCACACAAUAACACCAACAUAGCCCCUGUAGUGCCUGAGACCUUAGAAUAACAAUAAUGACCCUGCAAUAACACCCACCUCCUGUAGCAACCCUGACCCUACAAUAACACCAGAGACCUUACAAUAACACCCAGCCCCUCUAGUGCCCCAACCCUACAAAAACACCACUGCCCCACAAUCCUAUAAUAACACCCUACAAAUAACACCAGACCCUACAAUAACCCCAGAAACCCUACAAUAACAUCCAUCCCCACAACCCUACAAAAACACCACUGACCCUACAGCAACACAUGUCCCUACAGAAACACCAACCCCUACAACCCUACAAUAACACCAGAGACCCUACAAUAACACCCAGCCCCUGUAGUGCUUGAGACCCUGCAAUAACUCGAGAGACCCUACAAUAACACCCAGCCCUCACAGCCCCCACGACCCUACGACACCACCAGUGCCCCCCCAGGCCCACUCGUGGCGGAAAGAGGGGGGGGGGCCGGGAAGGGCUCCCCCCCUCCCUUCCUAACCCCCUCCUCUGACGUCACGGCGGCCCCGCUGACGUCACGGCGGCGCAGCGCGGGCGGGGCCGGGGCGACCCCCAGUAAAGGCUGUGAGCGGCUC